AUGGGACUAUUAUGUUCUACAGUAGGGAAGAGACAGCUCGCGGGGCAACCGCGCAAGAGCAGCUCGUCCCGUCGCAACGCAUGGGGCAACCUGUCCUACGCCGACCUCAUCACUAAGGCCAUCUAGAGCUCGGCCGAGAAGCGGCUCACGCUGUCGCAGAUCUACGAGUGGAUGGUCAAGAGCGUGCCCUACUUCAAGGAUAAGGGCGACAGCAACAGCUCGGCGGGCUGGAAGAAUUCAAUUCGUCAUAAUCUGUCCCUACACAACAAGUUCAUUCGUGUGCAGAAUGAAGGAACUGGAAAAAGUUCUUGGUGGAUGCUCAAUCCAGAGGGAGGCAAGAGUGGAAAGUCCCCCAGGAGAAGAGCUGCAUCCAUGGACAACAACAGUAAAUUUGCUAAGAGCCGAGGCCGAGCUGCCAAGAAAAAAGCAUCUCUCCAGUCUGGCCAGGAGGGUGCUGGGGAUAGCCCUGGCUCUCAGUUUUCCAAAUGGCCUGCAAGCCCUGGCUCUCACAGCAAUGACGACUUUGAUAACUGGAGUACAUUUCGCCCUCGAACUAGCUCAAACGCUAGUACUAUUAGUGGGAGGCUCUCUCCCAUUAUGACUGAACAGGAUGAUCUUGGAGAUGGGGAUGUGCACUCCAUGGUGUACCCCCCAUCGGCCGCAAAGAUGGCUUCUACUCUACCCAGUCUGUCUGAGAUAAGCAAUCCUGAAAACAUGGAAAACCUCCUGGAUAAUCUCAAUCUUCUCUCAUCACCGACACCAUUAACUGUUUCGACCCAGUCCUCACCUGGCAGCAUGAUGCAGCAGACGCCCUGCUACUCGUUUGCACCGCCAAACACCAGUCUGAAUUCGCCCAGCCCAAACUACCAAAAAUACACCUAUGGCCAGUCCAGCAUGAGCCCCUUGCCCCAGAUGCCUAUGCAAGCACUUCAGGACAACAAAUCGAGUUACGGAGGUAUGAAUCAGUACAACUGUGCACCGGGACUCUUGAAGGAGUUACUUACUUCUGAUUCUCCUCCCCAUAAUGAUAUCAUGACACCAGUUGAUCCUGGCGUGGCCCAACCCAACAGCCGUGUCCUGGGCCAGAAUGUGAUGAUGGGCCCUAAUUCAGUCAUGCCCACCUAUGGCAGCCAGGCAUCUCAUAACAAAAUGAUGAAUCCCAGCUCCCAUACCCACCCUGGACAUGCUCAGCAAACGUCCACCGUUAAUGGGCGUGCCCUGCCCCAUGCAGUGAACACCAUGCCUCACACUUCGGGUAUGAACCGCUUGACCCCGGUGAAGACACCUUUACAAGUGCCUCUGCCCCACCCCAUGCAGAUGAAUGCCCUGGGAGGCUACUCCUCGGUGAGCAGCUGUAACGGCUAUGGCAGGAUGGGCAUUCUCCACCAGGAGAAGCUCCCAAGUGACUUGGAUGGCAUGUUUAUUGAGCGCUUGGACUGUGACAUGGAGUCCAUCAUUCGGAAUGACCUCAUGGAUGGAGAUACAUUGGAUUUUAACUUCGACAGUGUGUUGCCCAACCAAAGCUUCCCGCACAGUGUCAAGACAACAACACAUAGCUGGGUGUCAGGCUGAGAAAAAGUGAGCAGGCUACACUUAAAAGUACUUCAGAUUGUCUGACACCAGGAACUGAGAGAAGCAGUCCAAAGAUGUCCUUCACCCCUCCUUUUAGUUUUCUUGAUUUAAAAAAAAAAAGUUCCUUUUUUUCUUUUGUCAAACUUGGCAGCAAAGACACUUUUCCUGUACAGGAUGUUUGCCCGAUGUUUGCAGGUUAUGUGCUGCUGUAGAUAAGGACUGUGCCAUUGGAAAUUUCAUUACAAUGAAGUGCCAAACUUACUACACCAUAUAAUUGCAGAAAAGACUUUUGGAUCCUGGUGUGCUUUCAAGUUUUGUAUAUAAGCAGUUGAUACAGAAUUGUAUAUGUGUGUGUUUUCGUUUUUUAAAAUAUCCAUUUGGUCCAAGGAAAGUUUAUACACUUUUUGUAAUACUGUGAUGGUCUCAUGUCUUGGUAAGUUAAACUUUUGUUUGUACUACCUGUGUUCUGUGGAACUGAUGAAUCACAGAGAACCAAGAUCUCCAUCUGCAGCUCCACUGAGCAGCUUUGGACCUGUUCAUGUUGCCACAUGAUUUACAUGAGAACCAAAUAGCCUGUUAUCAAUCUGCUGAGUUAACGGACUUGUCAAACUUGGGGCGAGGUGGGGGGGGGGGAUUAAAUGCCGGCCUUGUACAGGUCUUUUCUAUUUUUUGUUUGUUUAUUUUGUUAUUUGCAGAUUUGUACAAACAUUUAAAUGGUUCCAAUUUCCAGAUAAAUGAUUUUUUGAUGUUAUUGUUGGGACUUGAGAUCAUUUUUGGAAUAGAUAUUGAACUGUAAUGUUUUCUUAUAAUUAGAGUCUACUUUGUUACAUAGUCUGCUUGUAAAUUUGUGGAAUCACAGGUAUUUGGGGCAGCAUUCAUAAUUUUCAUUUUGUAUUUCUAACUGGAUUAGUACUAAUUUUAUACGUGCUUAACUGGUUUGUACACUUUGGGAUGCUACUUGGUGAUGUUUCUGACUAAUCUUAAAUCAUUGUAAUUAGUACUUGCAUACUCAACGUUUCUGGCCCUGUUUGGGCAGAAAAGUGAUGUAUAGUUAUGGACACUUGUGUUUCAUAUUUAGGAGAACCUAAUAUGUUUUUUAUAUGUAUUUUAAAGAAAUUUCAUCUACUUUUAUUACCCUGUGAACUAUGUACACCACAUGGUGUCCUGUCUUCUGAUAGAUCUGGUGUGCAGUAUUGUUCCAGUUACUUCUGGGAGGCCUCAUAAUGUUUGUUGAUCAGAAAGGGAAACCUACAUUUAAAACAGUGUUCCUUUGUCAAACUGGGGGUUUUGGUUGACAUAACCUUUUUGAGUUGUGCUUCAGCAGAAGUUUCUCCUCAUAAUUCUGUGCUCUGAUUUCGGUCCAGGUGGAAGUUGGUUUUGUAGCUCUGCCUUGAGGAAUUCUGUCACCACUCUUCCUCCUUCUUCCUUCUGUCCUGUGGGUUACUUAGCACACUGUCAAAGUUUCAGUUCAGUGAUUUGUAGAAUGCUUUGUGUUCACAAGUACAGAUGGUUACCAAAUGGAAUAGAACCUGUUUAACAAUUGAGGCAAUUAAUUUGAAAACCAGCAAAUCAGCUGUAGGUUGUACAUUUUGAUUUAUUUUACAAGUCUUAGCUUAAGUUAAAAAUUUGAGAAUUUCUUCAGCCUUUAGUACCUACCCUAAACUAUAAUUCCAAUCAUUGUAUUUAAAUGCUUUCCAAAUACCUGUAUCUGACAGUCCAAGUUAUUUGGCCUUGUGUCCAUUCAGUCCAUUAGUAUUUUCAAGUCAUGUGGAAUGGUCAGAGUCAUCACAGUAAAAGGAAGAGGCGCACAACAAUGUUCCUCUUGCCUUCUUGAGAAGGCUCUUUCUUUGUACAUAGCCCCAAAUCACACUUGCUUUGUCUUAUAUGUUAAUUGCAUCUUCGUUGCCUUGGUUUUUCCUUACAUGUUCUAUGAGAACACAAGAGUUCCUGAUAGACUUCCUAUAAUAGGCCAGCUCUUUUUGUAAGCUUCCCACUGUGACUUAUUUCAAAAAUUCAUUGAACAGCCACCAACUCUGACCAUCUUCAUUGUUGGGCACUACAAAUUAUGGCUGGAUUUAGAAACCUUGGUUCCCCGAAGUAGUGUCUGCUGCAUAUGUAGUAGAAUUUGUUGGUGCCAAAGUACUCGUGUUCUCGUUUCUGUUACCACGUGCUGUCACUCACCUUCCGUACCAUGACCACUAUUACACAGGAGCCUCAGAGUCCCCAUUUGUUCAGUACAGAGGCAUCUACAGCUAAAAUCACUGUUAAAAUUUUACUAUUUCAUAGAGUGACUUUUAGAAAGAUGUUUCUUCCUCCUUAGUUUGUGUAAAUAUUUUCCCUUUCCCCCCCAAAUUUUCUUUGGUUGAAAUCCUAACAUGAAUCCUGAGCAGCUCUCUGGGGGUGCAUUGAAGUCCAGGGAAAGGCAUCUUGUCUUUUUUGAAAGCAAACAUUAUGUGGCCUCUGAUUGUUAUUUUUCUGUAAGAAUACUGACUUUCUGGAGUAAUUAGUAUAUCAGUUAUUGUACAUGAUUGCUUUGUGAAGUGUGCAAAUAUCACCUAUGCAGACUUGUUUCAUUUUUUCCCUCCGGUUUGUACUGUUAUUAAAAGCAUAUUGUAUUAUAGAGCUAUUCAGAUAUUUUAAGUAUAAAGAUGUAUUGUUUCCAUAAUAUAGAUGUAUGGAAUAUAUUUAGGUAAUAGAUGCAUUACUUGGAAAGUUCUGCUUUGACAAAUUGACAAAGUCUAAAUUAGCAAAUGUUGUAUCCCAGUGAGCAGUAAAUCAAUGGGACAUCCCAAGAAGGGGAUAGGACAGUUAAAAUGGAAACAGUUCUUCAAAGGUACACAAUUUGUACUUACUAAACUGCUGGAUAUAUGUUAACAACACUUCCCUUUCCACCCCUCUCCCCAGUCCCAAUUUAAAAUUCUUACAUUCAGCUCUUAAGAGUUCUUAAUUUAUAACCGAUUUUAAGAGAGAAGUUUCUUCUGUGGUUUUAGUUUGGGAGUAAUCAUUCAGUAAAAAAUACAAUGUGGUUUAUGCAAACAAAAGCAGCCUAGCAUUACAGUUGGCCCCUCCUUGAGGUGGGCACUGCCUGGCAUUAUGGCCAGGGGUGGCCAUGUAAGUCCCAUCAGGAUGUAGUCAUGCCCUCCACAUUUCACUACCCAAGUUUAGUAACAGUGCAGAUCUACGUUCCUGUUCUGAUACUCUCUGAGAAGUGCCUGAUGUUGCUGAUGUACUUGCAGACACAAGAACAAUCUUUGCUAUAAUUGUAUAAAGCCAUAAAUGUACAUAAAUUAUGUUUAAGUCGU